AUUCUGAACUAAUAUCAUCCGAGCCCGACUUCGUCGUGGUAAUCAUAAAAAUAUUCAAAAUAAGUUUUUUUUAUUUAAUACCACGCAACAAUAAUACUCGUUAUUUAAAAUAGGUGAAGGUUUACAGGGGUCCCCUUCCGCAGAUGCAGUAUCUAUUCACCACUUCUGUAGCGCGAGGACGGAUCCCGGCCAUCUAUAGAUCUCACGAUAUCCCUCUCCUUGCUGCUUUUCUUUACAUCUCUAUAGAGUCAAACCUAGUUGGUCAUGGUCACUUUGUCUGGUAGUAGGGGGUCUCAAGGCGUGGCGGAGCUGUUGGGCGGUGCCACGGGGCGGAGUUACCACCGCAAACACUUUCUACUUUUGCGACUUAACUAACCUACUUUUACGCAACCACGAGUAUCGUCGUUAAAUCUUUCCCAAUACAAACGCGUAACUCAGCUGCAGUAAACACACAGCAUCACUAUUACUACUACUAGCGGAUACCAAUUAAUAUUUCAAUGUAAACAAUACCAAGAAGUUCCUUGUAAGUUGUGCGAAGUACCUGUAGACCGGGGGUGGGUCGUCAAAGGGGCGACAAGUGGUCGGCGUCAGUCGCAGUUUGGCAGCGGCGCGUUACACACGUGCUUGCACCAUGGCCCGCCACUUCCACCGCCAGGACUCGCUGCCGUACAUGCAGCUGACUGAGCUGCACCCUCCGCCGCACUACCUCCCGCCGCAACCCUGCACUCUGCACCAACUUGGUCCGAACCCGAGCUCGGCGGCGCCGUACGAGCUGACGAGCGCCUCCGGGGGCGACGAGGCGACGGGAGGGGGCGGGGGCGCGCUGCACCCCCCGCCCCGCGCCCCCGAACAUGACAUGCGCAAGAGGAAGAGCCAUCACUUUUCCUACGAGGAUGAAAACGCUGAAGAUUCCCGAUCUGCCAGAUCAAUGCCAGAUAAGAAACAAAACCACAGCGAGAUUGAGAAGCGUCGGCGUGACAAGAUGAACACGUAUAUCACGGAGCUAGCUGGCAUGGUGCCUCUGUGCGGGGCUGCGGCGCGCAAGCUGGACAAACUGACCGUGCUGCGGCUGGCCGUGCAGCACGUGCGCGGAGUGCGCGGCGCACGCGCGGCCGGCCCGCUCUCUGCGCGCGCGCGCCCGGCCUUCCUCUCCGAGCGUGAGGCGAACGCGCUCUUGUUACACGCCGCGCACGAUGCGUUCUUGUUUGUGGUGGGCUGCGACCGCGGUCGGCUGCUCUAUGUGUCUACGUCUGUGCGGAACAUGCUACAUUAUGAUCAGGCGGAGCUGGUAGGUCAGAGUCUCUUCGACCUGCUUCACCCGAAGGAUGUCGCCAAGGUAAAGGAGCAACUGUCCUCAUCAGACCUAAGCCCCAGGGAGCGGCUCAUCGAUGCAAAAACCAUGCUCCCGGUGAAGGCGGACAUGAUAGCGGCCGCAUCCCGGUUCUGCCCGGGCGCUCGCCGUUCGUUCUUCUGCCGCAUCAAGUGCCGCAGCCUGCGCGAUGGAGGCGUCAAGGAGGAGGCCCAGACCUCGACUGGUACUAGGAAGAAGCAUUCUGAUAGAAAGUACGCAGUGGUCCAGUGCACAGGUUACCUGAAGUCGUGGGCCCCGAUGGAAUUGUGCGAGGAAGGUGGAGGCGGCGCGGGGGAGGUAAUCGACGAGGGUGAUUCCAGCCUGUCUUGCCUGGUGGCGCUGGGCCGGGCGCUCCCGGACCUCACCCCGCCCGCGCCCCCCGCCCCACCGCACCUGCCCCUGCCGCUGCGCCCUCUGCAGUUCAUAUCCAGGCAUGCCACUGACGGCAAGUUUCUCUUCGUUGAUCAGAGGGUGACGUUAGCCCUCGGGUUCCUGCCUCAAGAGCUGGUGGGCACCAGUCUGUACGAGUACGUGGGCGCGGGCGCGGUGGGCGCCGUGGCCCGCACGCACCGCGCCGCCCUGCAGCGCCUGGCGCCGCUGUCUUCGCCGCCCUACGCCUUCCGCCGCAAGGAUGGCUCGCUCGCUACCAUCAGCACUACGUUCAAACCGUUCAGGAACCCGUGGACCAAAGACAUCGAGUGCCUGGUGGCCAACAACAGCGUGGUGACGGAGGGAGACGCGGCCGCCGCCGACCUGGCUGCCGCCGACUAUGAGCUGUUCAAGCACGAGCCGGACAUGGCGAUGCAGCGGCUGAUCGACUCUCAAGUGGAGUCGCACAAGAUCGGCAGCGCGAUCGCGGAGGAGGCGCUGCGCCGCUCGCCUUCGGGCCUGUCGCCGGAGCUGCCGCCCGAUCUCCUCCACGACGUCGUGUUUUCGCAUCCGACAUCCGUCAUGGAUAGCAUACUCUGCGACUCUUACACCGAGGUGCGCAACAACGUGCCGCUGAGCGCCGCGGGGGCUUCUUCACCGCCUCCCGGGGGGUCAGGCGAGUCCCCCGUGCCCCCCGUCUCGCCCCCGCUGCCCCCGCUCGGCCUCGACGGCAAUGGGGAGGCCACGAUGGCGGUAAUCAUGAGCCUGCUCGAGGCAGACGCUGGGCUAGGCGGACCUAUCAACUUUUCAGGACUACCCUGGCCAUUGCCGUAGGAACCAUGUUCUUUUCAUGAGUAGAUGUUUUGUUUAUUUAUAUGAAUUGUACACUUUUUAUUCUAUGUACCUAUAUAUGUUUUUAUUAUAUUAGCUUUACAGUUGCGUUUUAGAAAUUUAUCGCCAUGAAGUUUAUAUUUUUAUUAGGUUAGUUAAUUUCGUUUUUUAUUGUACUGUUUACUUUAAUGUAAUCAAAGUGUUUUUAUGUCUGUCUCAUUAUUCCUUUUUACAGUGCAAAUAGUGAGGCAUGUAAUUGAACGGCAUAGGCAAUUAUUUUCUAUUAUUGACGGUUAUUAAAUUAUUAGUUGGUAUUAAGAGAUACAUAAAAAAUAUUUUUUUAGAAUAGGUAGAUAAUCUUCUUAAACAGAUCGUGCAAUACACAGCCUUUUGGCUAUAAAUUUGUACGAAUAGGAAAAAAAAGGUGCAUAUUGGUGCAGAAUAAAAACCAUAUUAGGCUCAACCAUAAAACAAAAGACCAGUACAGUAGUAUUUUAAUCUACGAAAAUUCUUAUAUCUAAAUUGUUUAAAUUAAAUGUAAAAAAACGCUAAAAUAUACACAUGCUUUAUCUGUUUAUUAAAUAGGUAAGGAUACCACAUCUUACCAUAAUUUAGUUUUGAUAAGUUAAGUCGCAGUUACACAUUAUUAAACACUGUGUCUGAUCCGGCGACACCUCAUUAUUAUGGAGUGAUCAGUCAAGUAAAUAAUCUGACACAGCCAUCGGUUUUCGCCGAAGAGUUUUUUAUGUUGUUAAAUUUGGCAAUUUUAUUUUAUGAAAAGAAAUGUUACUGCAACUAAGAAUCUUUAGGAACCACAUGAUAAAUUUACUAGAGAAAAUUGUUUGGAAAUAUUAUACAAUUUUUAAUGUACAAAGUAUAUUUUUACCUCAGUUACACUUUAUUUUAAGUCAGAUUUACUUUAUACUUGUUCGCAUAUAUUUUGAUAGUAUACGUAGUAAAAGUGAUAGAUAAAUGGUGUCGAAUGACCUUAAGAGCUUAGUGGUAAAUUGUGGACAGGGUUUAGCUUAAAUGGAAGGAAUAGUUCGCAAUCGAGCGGCAGUGACACUUGCUAUAACUAUAACUUCCUCUGGGUUGACCGGUAGAAACUGCUUUUACCAUUGCCCGCCCUUUGCAUAUAAGUACUUAAUAUAUUUGUGCUUGUGCAUUGAAAAUAAUAAUAGCACUACAUUUAGCUUCAGUAUUCCGUACGGAAAAGGCCCCAUGAAAUGUAUGUGAGUUAUCGAUAUACUCAAAUCAAAAGUAUAUUUUUUUAAAGAAUUUUCGGUCAGGAUUAUAUUUGUACACUUGUCCAAAAUUAAUAAUGCACAUGCAGAUCUUCACACCCUAUCAUUAAAUGGUAAGAGCCUUAAAAAAACACUUGCAUUUUGCACCUUGUUCGAAAGAAAUAGGACUCAAUAUCAUGUGUCACAUAAUCGAAAACAACCGAUCUGUCAAAGAUUUCUAUGCGCAUUAUCAAUUUUGGAGCACUGUACUAUACUUUAUGUUGGCAAGUGUCGCAUCUCUGCCGCUCCAUUGCGAAUUUUGGAAUGUAAUACCUAUAUAAAUUUUGUAUAUUUUAUCAAUGGAGACAUUAUACUUACUUUACUUAAACGUUAUGUUGUUGAUAUUAUUAUUUUAUCAUUGUUUUUGAAUAUACCUAGUAUAGUUUCAAACAUGUAGAUAUUUUGAACCUCGUUAAAGCCAAAAAUAAAUAAAUCGAAGAUAUCUUACCCUGCUUGCGAUGACAAAGAAUUGGAUCUGGCCUAUAACUCACAAUUAGCAAUUACAUAAGCAAUGCACAUUGAAAGUAUUGCUAUUUGCCAUACACAGUAAGUAUGUACAUAAAUUGGUUAUAAUGUGUUGAAGCCGGAACCUUUCCUUUGUGCCAUUCCAACGUAGCAAGAGUAUCACAGUCAUAGCUGCAUAAGAUUAAAAAAUAUUAUGUAAAAGAGGUAUUUUAUAAAUGACUGCAAAAUAGUUUAUGUUUUAAUGACUGUGUUAUACUCUUAUUGAUAAGUUUGAAACAGAAUAAAUAAACCGUGUCCAUUUUCGAAAGUCAGUAAUUUUUAUUGUUGUUAGUAAAACAAAACUAUAAUAAAAGGUGUGAGUUUAA